GCAGGAGCCAAAGGAAGGAAUCUAGCCACUAAACCAGCAAAUAUGACCACAUGCCACCUCCCGCCCUUGCUGCCCACACCCCCACUCCACCCCACCUCCACCUAGGGAUCCAGGCGCUCAGCUGCCUGCUCCCCAGCUGUCUCCCUCAGGGACCCCACCUUUCCAGGACCAAACUUUCCAGAAGGCUUCCAGGGAGUGGCCACCAGCUGUCCUCACUCCCUUCUUGGAACCCAGGCAUCCAGAAUCACCGUCCCUCCUUCCCAGACCUUCACAGUUUCCCGUUUCAUCUGGCCCUGAGUACCGCAGCCUCCUCCAGGAAGUUGGCAUCAUCUGCCUGGCACGUGGCCCAGGGUGUGGCCUGAGGGGCCCAGAAACUCCACUAUAUAGCGCUGCCACAGGGCUGGCCCUGCAGCUCCAGGGACCUGCAGCCAUGGGUGCCCUGUGGAGCUGGUGGAUACUCUGGGCUGGAGCAACCCUCCUGUGGGGAUUGACCCAGGAGGCUUCAGUGGACCUCAAGAACACUGGCAGGGAGGAAUUCCUCACAGCCUUCCUGCAGAACUAUCAGCUGGCCUACAGCAAGGCCUACCCCUGCCUCUUUAUCUCCAGUCUGUCAGAGAGCCCCGCUUCAGUCUCCAUCCUCAGCCAGGCAGACAACACCUCAAAGAAUGUCACAGUGAGGCCCGGGGAGUCGGUCAUGGUCAACAUCAGUGCCAAGGCUGAGAUGAUAGGCAGCAAGAUCUUCCAGCAUGCGGUGGUGAUCCAUUCUGACCACGCCAUCUCUGUGCAGGCACUAAAUGCCAAGCCUGACACAGCGGAGCUGACACUGCUGCGACCCAUCCAGGCCCUAGGCACCGAGUACUUUGUGCUCACACCCCCCGGCACCUCAGCCAGGAAUGUCAAGGAGUUUGCCGUGGUGGCUGGUGCCUCAGGUGCCUCGGUCAGUGUCACGCUGAAGGGGUCAGUGACAUUCAAUGGCAACUUCUAUCCAGCAGGCAGUGUCCUAAGAGUGACUCUACAGCCCUACAAUGUGGCCCAGCUACAGAGCUCAAUGGAUCUCUCGGGGUCAAAGGUCACAGCUAGUAGCCCCGUGGCUGUGCUCUCUGGCCACAGCUGUGCCCAGAAACAUACGACCUGCAACCAUGUGGUCGAGCAGCUGCUACCCACAUCUGCCUGGGGCACCCACUAUGUAGUGCCCACGCUGGCCUCUCAGGCUCGCUAUGAUUUGGCCUUCGUUGUGGCCAGCCAGGCCACAAAGCUGACCUACAACCAUGGGGGUAUCACUGGCUCCCGUGGGCUCCAGGCAGGUGAUGUGGUAGAGUUUGAGGUCCGGCCAUCCCGGCCACUCUACCUGUCUGCAAAUGUGGGCAUCCAGGUCCUGCUGUUUGGCACAGGUGCCAUAAGGAAUGAAGUGACUUAUGACCCCUACCUGGUCCUGAUCCCAGAUGUGGCAGCCUACUGCCCUGCCUAUGUGGUCAAGAGUGUACCAGGCUCUGAGGGCGUGGCCCUGGCGGUGGCACAGACGAAGGCUAUCAGCGGGCUGACCAUAGAUGGGCAUGCAGUGGGGGCCAAGCUCACCUGGGAGGCUGUGCCAGGCAGUGAGUUCUCAUAUGCUGAAGUGGAGCUCGGCACAGCUGACACGAUCCACACGGCCGAGGCCACCACCAACUUCGGGCUGCUCACCUUCGGGCUGGCCAAGGCUAUAGGCUACGCAACAGCAGCUGAUUGUGGCCGGACUGUACUGUCCCCAGUGGAGCCCUCCUGCGAAGGCGUGCAGUGCGCAGCCGGGCAGCGCUGCCAGGUGGUAGGCGGGAAGGCCGAGUGUGUGGCGGAGUCCACCGCGGUCUGCCGCGCCCAGGGCGACCCCCAUUACACCACCUUCGACGGCCGUCGCUAUGACAUGAUGGGCACAUGUUCGUACACGAUGGCGGAGCUGUGCAGCGAGGACGAAACCCUGCCCGCCUUCAGCGUGGAGGCCAAGAACGAGCACCGGGGCAGCCGCCGCGUCUCCUACGUGGGUCUCGUCACUGUGCGCGCCUACAGCCACUCCGUGUCGCUGACCCGCGGGGAAGUUGGCUUCGUCCUGGUUGACAACCAGCGCUCGCGCCUGCCAGUCUCCCUGAGUGAGGGUCGCCUGCGUGUGUACCAGAGCGGACCACGGGCCGUGGUGGAGCUGGUCUUUGGGCUGGUGGUCACUUAUGACUGGGACUGCCAGCUGGCACUCAGCCUGCCCGCACGCUUCCAAGACCAGGUGUGCGGGCUGUGUGGCAACUAUAAUGGUGACCCAGCAGACGAUUUCCUCAUGCCUGACGGGGCUCUGGCUCCUGACGCCGUGGAGUUCGCAAGUAGCUGGAAGCUGGAUGAUGGGGACUACCUGUGUGAGGACGGCUGCCAGAACAACUGUCCCGCCUGCACCCCGGGCCAGGCCCAACACUAUGAGGGCGACCGACUCUGUGGCUUGCUGACCAAGCUCGAUGGCCCCUUCGCUGUCUGCCAUGACACCCUGGACCCCAGGCCCUUCCUGGAGCAGUGUGUAUAUGACCUGUGUGUGGUCGGUGGGGAACGGCUCAGCCUGUGCCGUGGCCUCAGCGCCUAUGCCCAGGCCUGUCUGGAGCUUGGCAUCUCGGUUGGGGACUGGAGAUCACCAGCCAACUGCCCCCUGUCCUGCCCAGCCAACAGCCGCUAUGAGCUCUGCGGCCCUGCUUGCCCGGCCUCCUGCAACGGGGCUGCGGCGCCGUCCAACUGCUCCGGGCGCCCCUGCGUGGAGGGCUGCGUGUGCCUCCCAGGCUUCGUGGCCAGCGGCGGCGCCUGCGUGCCGGCCUCGUCGUGCGGCUGCACCUUCCAGGGUCUCCAGCUCGCUCCGGGCCAGGAGGUGUGGGCGGACGAGUUGUGCCAAACCCGCUGCACCUGCAACGGCGCCACCCAUCAGGUGACCUGCCGCGACACGCAGGGCUGCCCGGCGGGUGAGCGCUGCAGCGUCCAGAACGGCCUCCUAGGCUGCUACCCCGAUCGCUUCGGGACCUGCCAGGGGUCCGGGGACCCACACUAUGUGAGCUUGGACGGCCGGCGCUUCGACUUCAUGGGCACCUGCACGUACCUGCUGGUCGGCUCAUGCGGCCAGAACGCAGCGCUGCCCGCCUUCCGGGUGCUGGUGGAAAACGAGCAUCGGGGCAGCCAGACUGUGAGCUACACGCGCGCCGUGCGGGUGGAGGCCCGCGGGGUGAAGGUGGCCGUGCGCCGGGAGUACCCCGGGCAAGUUCUGGUGGAUGACGUCCUUCAGUACCUGCCCUUCCAAGCAGCAGAUGGGCAGGUGCAGGUGUUCCGCCAGGGCAGGGACGCCGUCGUGCGCACGGACUUUGGCCUGACCGUCACCUAUGACUGGAAUGCACGAGUGACUGCCAAGGUGCCCAGCAGCUAUGCUGAGGCCCUGUGUGGACUCUGUGGGAACUUCAAUGGGGACCCAGCUGACGACCUGGCUCUGCGGGGCGGGGGUCAAGCUGCCAAUGCACUGGCCUUUGGGAACAGCUGGCAAGAAGAGACGAGGCCCGGCUGUGGAGCAACUGAACCGGGUGACUGUCCCAAGCUGGACUCCCUGGUGGCCCAGCAGCUGCAGAGCAAGAAUGAGUGUGGAAUCCUUGCCGACCCCAAGGGGCCCUUCCGGGAGUGCCACAGCAAGCUGGACCCCCAGGGUGCCAUGCGCGACUGUGUCUAUGACCGCUGCCUGCUGCCAGGCCAGUCUGGGCCACUGUGUGACGCACUGGCCACCUACGCUGCUGCAUGCCAGGCUGCUGGAGCCACAGUGCACCCCUGGAGGAGUAAAGAACUUUGCCCACUGAGCUGCCCACCCCACAGCCACUAUGAGGCGUGUUCCUACGGCUGCCCGCUGUCCUGUGGAGACCUCCCAGUGCCCGGGGGCUGUGGCUCAGAAUGCCAUGAGGGCUGUGUGUGCGAUGAGGGCUUUGCGCUCAGUGGUGAGUCCUGCCUGCCCCUGGCCUCCUGUGGCUGCAUACACCAGGGCACCUACCACCCACCAGGCCAGACCUUCUACCCUGGCCCCGGGUGUGAUUCCCUUUGCCACUGCCAGGAGGGCGGCCUGGUGUCCUGUGAGUCCUCCAGCUGUGGCCCGCACGAGGCCUGCCAGCCAUCCGGUGGCAGCUUGGGCUGCGUGGCUGUGGGCUCUACCACCUGCCAGGCGUCGGGAGAUCCUCACUACACCACCUUUGAUGGCCGCCGCUUCGACUUCAUGGGCACCUGCGUGUAUGUGCUGGCUCAGACCUGCGGCACCCGGCCUGGCCUGCAUCCGUUUGCCGUCCUGCAGGAGAACGUGGCCUGGGGUAAUGGGCGAGUCAGUGUGACCAGGGUGAUCACGGUCCAGGUGGCAAACUUCACCCUGCGGCUGGAGCAGAGACAGUGGAAGGUCACGGUGAACGGUGUGGACAUGAAACUGCCCGUGGUGCUGGCCAACGGCCAGAUCCGUGCGUCCCAGCAUGGUUCAGAUGCUGUGAUUGAGACCGACUUCGGCCUGCGUGUGGCCUACGACCUUGUGUACUAUGUGCGGGUCACCGUCCCUGGAAACUACUACCAGCUGCUGUGUGGCCUGUGUGGGAACUACAACGGCGACCCCAAGGAUGACUUCCAGAAACCCAACGGCUCGCAGGCAGGCAACGCCAAUGAGUUCGGCAACUCCUGGGAGGAGGUGGUGCCCGGCUCUCCCUGCCUGCCGCUGACCCCCUGUCCGCCAGGGAGCGAGGGCUGCAACCCCAGCGGCGAGUGUCCUCCCGAGCUGGAGAAGAAGUAUCAGAAGGAGGAGUUCUGUGGGCUCCUCUCCAGCCCCACAGGGCCACUGGCCUCCUGCCACAAGCUGGUGGAUCCCCAGGGUCCCUUGGAAGAUUGUGUUUUUGAUCUCUGCCUGGGUGGCGGGAACCUGAGCAUUCUCUGCAGCAACAUCCAUGCCUAUGUGAGUGCUUGCCAGGCGGCUGGAGGCCACGUGGAGCCCUGGAGGACUGAAACUUUCUGUCCCAUGAAGUGUCCUCCGAACAGUCACUACGAGCUCUGUGCGGACACCUGCUCCCUGGGCUGCUCGGCUCUCAGUGCCCCUCCACAGUGCCAGGAUGGGUGUGCUGAGGGCUGCCAGUGUGACUCUGGCUUCCUCUAUAAUGGCCAAGCCUGUGUGCCCAUCCAGCAAUGCGGCUGCUACCACAAUGGCGUCUACUAUGAGCCGGAGCAGACAGUCCUCAUUGACAACUGUCGGCAGCAGUGCACGUGCCAUGCAGGUAAAGGUGUGGUGUGCCAGGAACACAGCUGCAAGCCGGGGCAGGUGUGCCAGCCCUCCGGAGGCAUCCUGAGCUGCGUCACCAAAGACCCCUGCCACGGCGUGACAUGCCGGCCACAGGAGACGUGCAAGGAGCAGGGUGGCCAGGGCAUGUGCCUGCCCAACUAUGAGGCCACGUGCUGGCUGUGGGGCGACCCACACUACCACUCCUUCGAUGGCCGGAAGUUUGACUUCCAGGGCACCUGUAACUAUGUGCUGGCAACAACUGGCUGCCCGGAGGUCAGCACCCAGGGCCUGACCCCCUUCACCGUCACCACCAAGAACGAGAACCGGGGCAACCCUGCUGUGUCCUACGUGAGACUCGUCACUGUGGCUGCCCUCGGCACCAACAUCUCCAUCCACAAGGACGAGAUCGGCAAAGUCCGGGUGAACGGUGUGCUGACAGCCUUGCCUGUCUCCGUGGCCGACGGGCAGAUUUCAGUCACCCAGGGUGCAUCGAAGGCACUGCUGGUGGCUGACUUUGGACUGCAAGUCAGCUAUGACUGGAACUGGCGGGUAGACGUGACACUGCCCAGCAGCUAUCAUGGCGCAGUGUGCGGGCUCUGCGGUAACAUGGACCGCAACCCCAACAAUGACCAGGUCUUCCCUAAUGGCACACUGGCUCCCUCCAUACCCAUCUGGGGUGGCAGCUGGCGAGCUCCAGGCUGGGACCCACUGUGUUGGGACGAAUGUCAGGGGUCCUGCCCAACGUGCCCUGAGGACCGGUUGGAGCAGUACGAGGGCACUGGCUUCUGUGGACCCCUGGCCCCUGGCACAGGGGGCCCCUUCACCACCUGCCAUGCUCAUGUGCCACCUGAGAGCUUCUUCAAGGGCUGUGUUCUGGACGUCUGCAUGGGUGGUGGGGCCCAUGACAUUCUUUGCAAGGCGCUGGCUUCCUACGUGGCCGCCUGCCAGGCUGCUGGGGUUGUCAUCGAAGACUGGCGGGCACAGGUCGGCUGUGAGAUCACCUGCCCAGAAAACAGCCACUAUGAGGUCUGUGGCCCACCCUGCCCGGCCAGCUGUCCGUCCCCUGCACCCCUUACGACCCCAGCCGUAUGCGAGGGCCCCUGUGUGGAGGGCUGCCAGUGCGACGCGGGUUUCGUGCUAAGCGCCGACCGCUGCGUUGCCCUAAACAACGGCUGCGGCUGCUGGGCCAAUGGCACCUACCACGAGGCGGGCAGUGAGUUUUGGGCUGAUGGCACCUGCUCCCAGAGGUGCCGCUGCGGGCCUGGGGGUGGCUCGCUGCUCUGCACACCUGCCAGCUGCGGGCUGGGUGAAGUGUGUGGCCUCCUGCCAUCCGGCCAGCACGGCUGCCAGCCCGUCAGCACAGCUGAGUGCCAGGCGUGGGGUGACCCCCAUUACGUCACUCUGGAUGGGCACCGAUUCGAUUUCCAAGGCACCUGCGAGUACCUGCUGAGUGCACCCUGCCACGGACCACCCUUGGGGGCUGAGAACUUCACUGUCACUGUAGCCAAUGAGCACCGGGGCAGCCAGGCUGUCAGCUAUACCCGCAGUGUCACCCUGCAAAUCUACAACCACAGCCUGACACUGAGUGCCCGCUGGCCCCGGCAGCUACAGGUCGACGGCGUGUUCGUGGCGCUGCCCUUCCAGCUGGACUCUCUCCUGCACGCACACCUGAGCGGCACCGACGUGGUGGUGACCACAACCUCAGGGCUCUCGCUGGCUUUCGAUGGGGACAGCUUCGUGCGCCUGCGCGUGCCGGCGGCGUACGCGGGCGCCCUCUGUGGCUUAUGCGGAAACUACAACCAGGACCCCGCAGACGACCUGAAGGCUGUGGGCGGGAAGCCCGCCGGAUGGCAGGUGGGCGGCGCCCAGGGCUGCGGAGAAUGUGUGUCUGGGCCAUGCCCGUCGCCGUGCACCCCAGAGCAGCAGGAGUCCUUCGGCGGCCCGGACGCCUGCGGCGUGAUCUCCGCCACCGACGGCCCGCUGGCGCCCUGCCACGGCCUUGUGCCGCCCGCGCAGUACUUCCAGGGCUGCUUGCUGGACGCCUGUCAAGUUCAGGGCCAUCCUGGAGGCCUCUGUCCUGCAGUGGCCGCCUACGUGGCAGCCUGUCAGGCCGCUGGGGCCCAGCUCGGCGAGUGGAGGCGGCCGGACUUCUGUCCCUUGCAGUGCCCUGCCCACAGCCACUAUCAGCUCUGCGGUGACUCCUGCCCCGUGAGCUGCCCGAGCCUCUCGGCACCCGAGGGCUGUGAGUCGGCCUGCCGUGAAGGCUGUGUCUGCGAUGCUGGCUUCGUGCUCAGUGGUGACACCUGUGUACCUGUGGGCCAGUGUGGCUGCCUCCACGAUGACCGCUACUACCCGCUGGACCAGACCUUCUACCCUGGCCCUGGGUGUGAUUCCCUUUGCCACUGCUGGGAAGGCGGCGAGGUGUCCUGUGAGCCCUCCAGCUGCGGCCCGCAUGAGACCUGCCGGCCAUCCGGUGGCAGCUUGGGCUGCGUGGCUGUGGGCUCUACCACCUGCCAGGCGUCGGGAGAUCCUCACUACACCACCUUCGAUGGCCGCCGCUUCGACUUCAUGGGCACCUGCGUGUAUGUGCUGGCUCAGACCUGUGGCACCCGGCCUGGCCUGCAUCGGUUUGCCGUCCUGCAGGAGAACGUGGCCUGGGGUAAUGGGCGAGUCAGUGUGACCAGGGUGAUCACGGUCCAGGUGGCAAACUUCACCCUGCGGCUGGAGCAGAGACAGUGGAAGGUCACGGUGAACGGUGUGGACAUGAAACUGCCCGUGGUGCUGGCCAACGGCCAGAUCCGUGCGUCCCAGCAUGGUUCAGAUGCUGUGAUUGAGACCGACUUCGGCCUGCGUGUGGCCUACGACCUUGUGUACUAUGUGCGGGUCACCGUCCCUGGAAACUACUACCAGCUGCUGUGUGGCCUGUGUGGGAACUACAACGGCGACCCCAAGGAUGACUUCCAGAAACCCAACGGCUCGCAGGCAGGCAACGCCAAUGAGUUCGGCAACUCCUGGGAGGAGGUGGUGCCCGGCUCUCCCUGCCUGCCGCCGACCCCCUGCCCGCCAGGGAGCGAGGGCUGCAACCCCAGCGGCGAGUGUCCUCCCGAGCUGGAGAAGAAGUAUCAGAAGGAGGAGUUCUGUGGGCUCCUCUCCAGCCCCACAGGGCCACUGGCCUCCUGCCACAAGCUGGUGGAUCCCCAGGGUCCCUUGGAAGAUUGUGUCUUUGAUCUCUGCCUGGGUGGCGGGAACCUGAGCAUUCUCUGCAGCAACAUCCAUGCCUAUGUGAGUGCUUGCCAGGCGGCUGGAGGCCACGUGGAGCCCUGGAGGACUGAAACUUUCUGUCCCAUGAAGUGCCCUCCGAACAGUCACUACGAGCUCUGUGCGGACACCUGCUCCCUGGGCUGCUCGGCUCUCAGUGCCCCUCUGCAGUGCCCAGAUGGGUGUGCUGAGGGCUGCCAGUGUGACUCUGGCUUCCUCUACAACGGCCAAGCCUGUGUGCCCAUCCAGCAAUGCGGCUGCUACCACAAUGGCGUCUACUAUGAGCCGGAGCAGACAGUCCUCAUUGACAACUGUCGGCAGCAGUGCACGUGCCAUGCGGGUAAAGGUGUGGUGUGCCAGGAACACAGCUGCAAGCCAGGGCAGGUGUGCCAGCCCUCCGGAGGCAUCCUGAGCUGCGUCACCAAAGACCCCUGCCACGGCGUGACAUGCCGGCCACAGGAGACGUGCAAGGAGCAGGGUGGCCAGGGCGUGUGCCUGCCCAACUAUGAGGCCACGUGCUGGCUGUGGGGCGACCCACACUACCACUCCUUCGAUGGCCGGAAGUUUGACUUCCAGGGCACCUGUAACUAUGUGCUGGCAACAACUGGCUGCCCGGAGGUCAGCACCCAGGGCCUGACCCCCUUCACCGUCACCACCAAGAACGAGAACCGGGGCAACCCUGCUGUGUCCUACGUGAGACUCGUCACUGUGGCUGCCCUCGGCACCAACAUCUCCAUCCACAAGGACGAGAUCGGCAAAGUCCGGGUGAACGGUGUGCUGACAGCCUUGCCUGUCUCCGUGGCCGACGGGCAGAUUUCAGUCACCCAGGGUGCAUCGAAGGCACUGCUGGUGGCUGACUUUGGACUGCAAGUCAGCUAUGACUGGAACUGGCGGGUAGACGUGACACUGCCCAGCAGCUAUCAUGGCGCAGUGUGCGGGCUCUGUGGUAACAUGGACCGCAACCCCAACAAUGACCAGGUCUUCCCUAAUGGCACACUGGCUCCCUCCAUACCCAUCUGGGGUGGCAGCUGGCGAGCUCCAGGCUGGGACCCACUGUGUUGGGACGAAUGUCAGGGGUCCUGCCCAACGUGCCCUGAGGACCGGUUGGAGCAGUACGAGGGUGCUGGCUUCUGUGGACCCCUGGCCCCUGGCACAGGGGGCCCCUUCACCACCUGCCAUGCUCAUGUGCCACCUGAGAGCUUCUUCAAGGGCUGUGUUCUGGACGUCUGCAUGGGUGGUGGGGCCCAUGACAUUCUUUGCAAGGCGCUGGCUUCCUACGUGGCCGCCUGCCAGGCUGCUGGGGUUGUCAUCGAAGACUGGCGGGCACAGGUCGGCUGUGAGAUCACCUGCCCAGAAAACAGCCACUAUGAGGUCUGUGGCCCACCCUGCCCGGCCAGCUGUCCGUCCCCUGCACCGCUUACGACCCCAGCCGUAUGCGAGGGCCCCUGUGUGGAGGGCUGCCAGUGCGACGCGGGUUUCGUGCUAAGCGCUGACCGCUGCGUUCCCCUAAACAACGGCUGCGGCUGCUGGGCCAAUGGCACCUACCACGAGGCGGGCAGUGAGUUUUGGGCUGAUGGCACCUGCUCCCAGAGGUGCCGCUGCGGGCCUGGGGGUGGCUCGCUGGUCUGCACACCUGCCAGCUGCGGGCUGGGUGAAGUGUGUGGCCUCCUGCCAUCCGGCCAGCACGGCUGCCAGCCCGUCAGCACAGCUGAGUGCCAGGCAUGGGGUGACCCCCAUUACGUCACUCUGGAUGGGCACCGAUUCGAUUUCCAAGGCACCUGCGAGUACCUGCUGAGUGCACCCUGCCACGGACCACCCUUGGGGGCUGAGAACUUCACUGUCACUGUAGCCAAUGAGCACCGGGGCAGCCAGGCUGUCAGCUAUACCCGCAGUGUCACCCUGCAAAUCUACAACCACAGCCUGACACUGAGUGCCCGCUGGCCCCGGCAGCUACAGGUCGACGGCGUGUUCGUGGCGCUGCCCUUCCAGCUGGACUCUCUCCUGCACGCACACCUGAGCGGCACCGACGUGGUGGUGACCACAACCUCAGGGCUCUCGCUGGCUUUCGAUGGGGACAGCUUCGUGCGCCUGCGCGUGCCGGCGGCGUACGCGGGCGCCCUCUGUGGCUUAUGCGGAAACUACAACCAGGACCCCGCAGACGACCUGAAGGCUGUGGGCGGGAAGCCCGCCGGAUGGCAGGUGGGCGGCGCCCAGGGCUGCGGAGAAUGUGUGUCCGGGCCAUGCCCGUCGCCGUGCACCCCAGAGCAGCAGGAGUCCUUCGGCGGCCCGGACGCCUGCGGCGUGAUCUCCGCCACCGACGGCCCGCUGGCGCCCUGCCACGGCCUUGUGCCGCCCGCGCAGUACUUCCAGGGCUGCUUGCUGGACGCCUGUCAAGUUCAGGGCCAUCCUGGAGGCCUCUGUCCUGCAGUGGCCGCCUACGUGGCAGCCUGUCAGGCCGCUGGGGCCCAGCUCGGCGAGUGGAGGCGGCCGGACUUCUGUCCCUUGAAGUGCCCUGCCCACAGCCACUACGAGCUCUGCGGUGACUCCUGCCCCGUGAGCUGCCCGAGCCUCUCAGCACCCGAGGGCUGUGAGUCGGCCUGCCGUGAAGGCUGUGUCUGCGAUGCUGGCUUCGUGCUCAGUGGUGACACCUGCGUACCCGUGGGCCAGUGUGGCUGCCUCCAUGAUGGCCGCUACUACCCACUGGGCGAGGUCUUCUACCCGGGCCCUGAGUGUGAGCGGCGCUGUGAGUGUGGGCCAGGUGGCCAUGUCACCUGCCAGGAGGGCGCAGCCUGUGGGCCCCAUGAGGAGUGCCGGUUAGAGGAUGGUGUCCAGGCCUGUCAUGCCACAGGCUGUGGCCGCUGCCUGGCCAAUGGGGGCAUCCACUACAUCACCCUGGACGGCCGUGUCUAUGACCUGCAUGGCACCUGCUCCUAUGUCUUGGCCCAAGUCUGCCACCCACAGCCUGGGGACGAGGACUUUUCCAUCGUGCUUGAGAAGAAUGCAACUGGAGAUCUCCAACGCCUCCUGGUUACUGUGGCUGGCCAGGUUGUGAGCCUAGCUCGGGGACAGCAGGUCACUGUGGACGGCGAGGCUGUGGCCCUGCCUGUGGCUGUGGGCCACGUGCGGGUGACCGCCGAGGGCCGAAACAUGGUUCUGCAGACAACCAAGGGGCUGCGGCUUCUCUUUGAUGGCAAUGCCCACCUCCUCAUGUCCAUCCCCAGCCCCUUCCGUGGACGGCUCUGUGGCCUCUGUGGGAACUUCAAUGGCAACUGGAGUGACGACUUUGUCCUGCCCAAUGGCUCGGCAGCGUCCAGUGUGGAGAUCUUCGGGGCUGCAUGGCGGGCGCCCGGCUCCUCCAAGGGCUGUGGCGAGGGCUGCGGGCCCCAAGGCUGCCCGGUGUGCUUGGCAGAGGAGACUGCACCCUAUGAGAGCAACGAGGCCUGCGGGCAGCUCCGGAACCCCCAGGGCCCCUUCGCGACCUGCCAGGCCGUGCUGAGUCCCUCUGAGUACUUCCGCCAAUGUGUAUAUGACCUGUGCGCGCAAAAGGGCGACAAAGCCUUCCUGUGCCACAGCCUGGCAGCCUACACGGCGGCCUGUCAGGCAGCCGGCGUGGCCGUGAAGCCCUGGAGGACAGACAGCUUCUGCCCGCUCCAGUGCCCCACCCACAGCCACUACUCCAUCUGCACUCGCACCUGCCAGGGCUCCUGUGCAGCUCUCUCCGGCCUCACGGGCUGCACUACCCGCUGUUUUGAGGGCUGUGAGUGCGACGACCGCUUCCUGCUUUCCCAGGGUGUCUGCAUUCCUGUCCAAGAUUGUGGCUGCACCCAUAAUGGCCGAUACUUGCCGGUAAACUCCUCCCUGCUGACCUCAGACUGCAGCGAGCGCUGUUCCUGUUCCUCAAGCUCCAGCCUGACAUGCCAGGCAGCUGGCUGCCCACCAGGCCGUGUAUGUGAGGUCAAGUCUGAAGCCCGGAACUGCUGGGCCACCCGUGGUCUCUGUGUCCUGUCUGUGGGUGCCAACCUCACCACCUUUGAUGGGGCCCGUGGUGCCACCACCUCUCCUGGUGUCUAUGAGCUCUCUUCCCGCUGCCCAGGACUACAGAAUACCAUCCCCUGGUACCGUGUAGUUGCUGAAGUCCAGAUCUGCCGUGGCAAAACUGAGGCUGCAGGCCAGGUCCACAUCUUCUUCCAGGAUGGGAUGGUGACGUUGACUCCAAACAAGGGUGUGUGGGUGAAUGGUCUCCAAGUGGAUCUCCCAGCUGAGAAGUUAGCAUCUGUGUCUGUGAGUCGUACACCUGAUGGCUCCCUGCUGGUCCGCCAGAAGGCAGGGGUCCAGGUGUGGCUUGGAGCCAAUGGGAAGGUGGCUGUGAUUGUCAGCGAUGACCAUGCUGGGAAACUGUGUGGGGCCUGUGGAAACUUUGACGGGGACCAGACCAAUGAUUGGCAUGACUCCCAGGAGAAGCCAGCGAUGGAGAAAUGGAGAGCGCAGGACUUCUCCCCAUGUUAUGGCUGAUCAGUCAUCCACCAGGAAUGAAGACUUCCUGAAGAAGACCUGAUCCCUCUGGAGGUUGCAGUGGCUGAAGGAUGCAUCAUGUGCUCCUACCCUGCUCUAUCGCUUUUCUGGGUCACAGAGGCCACAUGUGACAGCGUUGAAUAAAUAUCUUAAGCUAAGCUGCA